UGUAUAAAUACGUAUAAUACACAUGCGUAAUUCAGAUAGAUGUUCAGUAUUACCCUACGUAGUAAUAAUAGCAACAGUCAUGCUAAUGCCAGCUGCUGCCAAAUUGUUUCGAUGACGCGCAUAUUGUAGUAUAGUAGCGAAACUGGUGUUUGGAUGACGUACUAGAAUAAGAUGGCCGACAUUAGCUCUAUCAACUACCAACAGCACAACACCCGUAUUACUUCUCUAAUGAACUUCCUCCUUAUUUUACGGAAUCGAGAGCUUUAGAUUUCUAUUAGUGUUUUUUUAAGCAUUCCCAAACAGAGGUUGAUGUAGUAGUCAAUCUCUGACGGCUGUUGAGGGCAAUAGGGAAGUUGAAUUAAACGACACGUAAAGUAGAAACAUACAGCUGACGUAUUUUGAAAUUCGCUUGUGCAGGUGAUUGUUUGUAAAGUGGGCUAGUGUAGAGUGGACAUUGAUUAUUAGAACAAUGGAAUACGUGCUAAUAAAAGAUAUACGGCCGGGCCAGAAAAACAUUAAUGUGGUGUUUAUUGUUCUGGAAGUUGGCCAUCCUACUAUCACUAAAGAAAACCGCGAAGUUCGAACGUUUAAAGUGGCGGACAGUACUGCAUGUAUGAACGUUUCAAUUUGGGACGAACCUGGUCAACUUUUAGUACCGGGUGAUAUAGUUAGAUUGACAAAAGGAUACGCAUCUGUUUGGAGGCAAUGUCUGACAUUGUAUUCAGGAAAAAAUGGAGAUAUUCAGAAAAUUGGAGAAUUCUGUAUGGUUAUAAAUGAACAGUUAAAUAUGAGUGAACCAAAUCCUGCUUUAGCCCAACAACUGAUUAAUCAAAGUGGAUCUGGACCACCUGGUAGCAAUGUUAACAAUAGUAUUACAAAUAAUGGAAAUGCAAAUAACAUAGCUGGUCAACCAGGAAGACAACCACUGGGUUUUAAUUUUCCACUGACAGUGGUGAUAUGUCACUUAGUAAUCAAGUUUUUGUUAGCUGCCAUAAGAAGAUGUUUUAGAACAUGUUACAAAGGACAACAGCAAUUGAAACUUCCUUGGAAAAGCAUAAUAUGGAUGGUUAUGCCAAUAGGUGUAGCAAGUGGCCUUGAUGUAGGUUUAUCCAACUGGGCACUUUCAUUAAUUACAAUGUCAUUGUAUACUAUGACAAAAUCAACAACUAUUAUUUUUAUACUUGGUUUUGCCCUCGUCUUAAACUUAGAGAAGAAGUCUUGGUCGUUAGUAUGUAUUGUAGUGAUGAUAUCAAGUGGUUUAUUUAUGUUUACAUAUAAAUCUACACAAUUUGGCAUAUUCGGAUUUUUGAUUUGCCUAUUAGCAUCGUUUUCGAGUGGUAUUCGCUGGACUAUGACACAACUCAUCAUGCAGAAAUCUAAAAUGGGGAUAAAAAGUCCAAUUGAUAUGAUGUAUUAUAUGCAAUUAUGGAUGCUACUGCCUAUUGUACCUGUGAUGAUAUUGUUUGAAGGGUCACAGUUAUAUAAUUAUUUACAAACUACUGAUUGGAGUGAUGCUCAUUCUAUUGUUAUGACUACAAGUGCUGUGCUAGGAUCUGCUAUCAUUGCUUUCCAUAUGGAAGUUAUGGAAUAUUUAGUUGUUAGAUACACUUCUAGUCUAACACUUGCAAUUACAGGAAUAAUUAAGGAAAUGUGUAUGUUAAUUUUGGCCGUUGAAUGGAAAGGUGAUCAAAUGAGCGGAUUUAACUUUAUAGGAUUGUUAAUGUGCUUUGGUGGAAUUAUAAUUCAUACUAUUCAAAAAGUAGUAUCGAGUAGGAAUAAAGAAACUGAAAAUCUGGAAUUACAAUUGAAUUCUUCGAUGAAUAUUAACAUUAAAAAUGAAGAAAGACUUGAUACAAGUUUACCUCUAUUAAUACAAAAGUCAACAUCUUUAACAAAUCUUUUAAAUGCAGACUUCAGUUCAGAUGACGACGAUGCGGUUAAAGAACAUGAAAAUUCGACUCAGAUAUUGUCUAAUAUAGUACAGCGUAGAGAACAGUAAAUUGUACACACUUUAAUAUUAAUGAUCAGAAAAAAGUAUUUAUUUAACAAAAGAAUCGUGCUGUGUCCAAUAUACAUUUUAUUUAUUCCAAUUUAUAUAUUAUGAAAAAUGUGUAUUUUACACAGGUAAUUGAUUUUCAUUUCCAAUUAUUAACUUAAGUUUACAUUCCGUGUUUGCAAAUUUUAUUUUUGCCAUACUAAAUUUGCUUUUAGUAUAUCGAAAGGGUUAAGUACAAAUCAGCAUUGCUAAACCUCACCCUUUAUGUGCAUUAUUGAUUAUUCAAUAUAGUUACGCUUGUCCAUUAUUGUUAAUAAUUGUAUUAAUAUAUCAAAUUGUGUGUAAUAAAAAUGCGUUAAUAAUAUGUAAUAAAAUAUUGUUUCACAGUCUCGACGUUCGUUUAUAUAAAUGGACAGUGUGCAAAAGAAAAUAUUGAAAGAGUUAAGUUGUACAAAUAAAUCAGUCAGUCGUUUCCUUUGUAAAUGGAA